AUGGGUUCCAACCAGUCAACAGAAUUUACUAUUCCUUCAGCAUCACAGGCUGAUUCCUGUCGUCUUGUUCUCAUUUGGUUAGAUUCGACGCUUGAUGAACAUAACGAAGCACAGCAAACUAACAUCACUCAUCUACGGCGUAUUAUAAAUACCAUUCAUCUCUUCACAAACGUGGAUCAAUGUCAUCAUUUUCUAGCAGGAUUGCACAAUGAAAAAGUGUUUCUUAUUGUUUCGGCUACACUCGGCCGAACGAGCAUUUCGAUCUUUCAUGGAAUGUCGCAACUCGAUUCGAUUUACAUUUGUUGUAACAUCAAAUGUAUCCAUCAACAAUGGAUUAAGCGAUUCCCAAAAAUCAAAGCAGUUGAGACAACGAUUCCAGACCUAUGUAGGCCGUUAAAACAAACAGCACAAAAUUACGACGAGAACUUCAUUCCGAUCAGUUUCGUCACAACACAAGAGCCUAUAAAUCAACUCGAUCCGUCGUUCAUGUAUACACAAAUUUUGAAAGAAAUUCUCUUUGAAAUCACUUAUGACCGACGUUCAGUGAAGGAUUUCGCAUCUUAUUGUCGUGAUUUAUAUGCAAAUAACCCUCACGAAUUGAGGAAUAUCAGUAAAUUUGAACGAGAAUACUAUGGCCAAUCAGUUAUACGGUGGUAUACGUAUGAUUCUUGCGUUUAUUCGAUACUUAAUCGAUCAUUACGCAAUCUGGAAGUUGAAACAAUCAUUCGAAUGGGCUUUUUCAUUCAUGAUCUUCAUAUGAAAAUUGGACAUUUAUAUAAAAAACAAUUUCUUAAGCGAUGCCGAAAGAUUAGGCCAUUCGUAGUCUAUCGCGGUCAAAAAUUACCACGACCUGAUUUUGAUAAAUUAAUGAAAACUAAAGGUGGCUUACUAUCAUUCAAUAACUUCUUAUCAACAUCGAAGAAACGCGAUGUCGCAUUAUCGUUCGCACGUCAUGCUGUACGGGCAGAUCCAAAUUCGAGUGGUAUCGUCUUUCAGAUGAUGAUUGAUCCUUCGAUACUUUCAGCACCCUAUGCCUCGUUGAAAAACACGAGUUAUUAUAAGGAUUCUGAACAGGAAAUUCUCUUCUCGAUGAACACAAUCUUUCGUAUUGAUGAUAUCAAACCAUUCGAUACCGAAGACGACAAUUUCUGGCAAGUCGAUUUGAUAUUAACGAAGGACAACGAUCAGCAAUUGAGUGCGUUGACAGAACGAAUCCGCCGAGAAACACAAGAAGAAACACAACACAAAUUUGGAUGGCCAAGACUAGGAAAUUUGCUAAUACGAUUGGGAAAUUUCAAUGCUGCAGAGAAUGUCUACAGUGCGUUAUUAAAACUUACUGUCAACGAUAUCGAACAUGCUUACCUAUGCCAUCAAAUGGGUGUAAUCAAAGAUAAUCAACAAAUUUAUACCGAAGCGAUCAAAUUCUAUAAGAAAUCAUUUGAAAUCUAUCAAAAGAACUUCUCAUCAACCCAUCCUCUACUGGCCAUGUGUUAUAAAAGUAUGGCUGUAACAUACAACAACAUGAAAGAGUAUUCCGACGCGCUGAGAUCACAGCACAAAGCUUUGCAAAUUGAAGAAUACAUUCUCCCGCAGAAUCAUAUCUCGUUAGCGAUAACUCAUAACAAUAUCGGAUUGAUAUUAUACAGCAUGAAGGAGUAUACAACAGCGCUACUAUUUUAUCAACGCGCCCUUGAAAUCGCCGAGAAGAUUCUUCCGAAAACUCACCCAAUGUUUGCGACUUGUUAUAACAACAUUGGCGCAGUGUACAAGAACCUCGGAGAUUAUCGCAAAGCAGUCGAUUUUCAUACGAAAGCUGUGGAAACAAGUAAACGAUCAUUAUGUACAAAUCAUCCUCAUUUUCAAAUGUUCCAAGAUAAUCUCGCGGUUGUAAGCAACCAAUUAAACGAUCAAUGA